AUGGAAGCAGAAGAACGAUGCAUGCUUGAGGCGAUCCAAUCUCUCGAGACCAACAAGCGAGCUGUACAGCAAGAGCUUGACAGAGCCAUGCAGAAAGUAAAAGAGCUAGAAGAGGAUCGGUGGGAUUUAGACGACAGGUUGUCAGAAGCAACGUCAAGGGUGAAACAAGCUUCGUUGGAUAUGAGGACAGCAGAAGAUAAAGCAGAAGAGAUGCAAAAGAGAAUACAAUUAUUAGAGCGAGAGCUAUUAAGAGAACGCGCCUCGAACGACAGAUUGAACCAAAUGCUACAAACCAAGACAGAUGAAAGUCAUGAAAAAGCUGAGAUCAUCACGCAAUUGGAAUGUAAAAAUACGCAAGUGAUGGAUGAGAUGCUAGCAUUGAAUGAUGAAUUCAAGUCUACGAAGUUGGAACUGAAGGAAGUUCAAUCAAAACUGAUUGUCAAAGAUGAAAGAAUCAAGAAACAUCAGACAUGCACCCUGAGACUGAAGGACGAGCUGGAGAAGGAGAAAGACCGGAGGCAGGAAGCAGAGCAAAGGCAUGUGGAGAUAGCUCAGCUGAUCGACUAUGAAGGCAAAGCAUCGAAGCUGAAGGAUCAGUUGGAGGAGAGCGCAAGAAGGGAGAAGAGUUUGAUACAAAGCUUGCAAGAGACCACCAGCCGUUUCACGCAGAUGAUCGGAGAGAACUCUGUGCUCAAGUACAACAACCAGUCGUUGGACGAGACCGUAAGAGCGAAAGAAGAGCAGGCGAAGCAGCUGCAGUCUGAAGUCUCCCACAUGGAGGGUGUCCUCAGACAAGCCUUCAGCAUCUUCACAACUCACGCAUGCUCGGACAGUGACAGGUCGCCUCUUAACAUCGAAGAUCUGGUGGAAGAGUCCUCUUUCCUGGAGUCUGAAGCGGGCAUGCGGAAAUUCUUGCCAGGUUUCGCCUGUCGUGAGAUGCACAAACUGACUUGCUGGGGCUGA